CGCGGGAGGGCGGAGGCGGCCCGCUGCCUAUCAGGGAAGAUGGCGGCCGUCGCCGCGGAGGUGGCGGCGCUGCGCCUGUCGCGGCAAGAGCAGGAGCUGCGCUGGUUGGCGGCGGAGGUCGGCCGGCUGAAGGAGCAGGGGGCGUCCUGCGGAUCCGGGAGCUGCAGCCCCGAUCUACAGCGGCUGAGGGCCGAGAACGACAAGCUGCGCUACCGCCUCCUGCACCUGCGCCGCAGCCUGGCGGCCGAGCUGGACAGGGCAGCGCUGGCGGAUCCCGCAGUCGGCGGCGAGGUGGCGCCCUGGGCCGGGAUGGUGCGGGCGGCGCGCCUGAAAGUCUUCAGUCCAAGUCCAGCUGUUGAAGUGAGUCAAAAUAAAGAGAAAAAGAAAAAAACCGAAUCUGUUAAUAAACAUCGGAAUGAGCUACAGAGUGAGCCAAGCUUCAUAGAAGACAGACUGAAGCUUUACGAAGUGCUGAAAAAAGAACACGAUGCUUUGCUAGCUUACAGAGCGGCCAACCAGAGCAAACCUAUCAAAAUUAUUCUGACACAUGGAAAGAUGGCUGAAGGGGAAUCUUGGAAAACCACACCAUAUCAAUUAGCUGUAGGAAUUAGUCAAGCAUUGGCUUCAAAUGCAGUCAUAGCCAAAGUGAAUGGUGACCUGUGGGACCUGGAUCGUCCACUGGAGGGAGACUGUACUUUGGAGCUGCUUAUGUUUGAUAAUGAAGAAGCAAAAGCUGUUUAUUGGCAUUCAAGUGCUCAUAUUCUUGGAGAGGCCAUGGAAGGUUAUUUUGGGGGCUGCUUAUGCUACGGACCACCAAUUGAGAAUGGAUUUUAUUAUGACAUGUACACUGAAGAUAGAAUUGUAUCUAGUACUGAAUUCCCACUACUAGAGAACUACUGUAAAAACAUUAUAAAAGAAAAGCAGGCUUUUGAAAGGCUGGAAGUCAAAAAGGAGAUCCUGUUAGACAUGUUUAAGUAUAACAAAUUUAAGUGUCGUAUCCUUAAUGAAAAGGUGAACACACCAACUACCACAAUAUACAGAUGUGGUCUGCUGAUUGACCUGUGCAGGGGUCCACAUGUGAGACACACUGGAAAAAUUAAGGUCCUUAAAAUAUUUAAGAAUUCCUCUACGUAUUGGGAAGGAAAAUCUGACAUGGAAACUCUGCAGAGAAUAUAUGGAAUAUCUUUUCCUGAUAAUAAAAUGAUGAAGGAAUGGGAAAAAUCCCAGGAAGAAGCCAGAAACCGGGACCAUAGGAAGAUUGGAAAGGAGCAGGAGCUCUUCUUCUUUCAUGAUUUGAGUCCUGGAAGCUGCUUUUUCCUCCCCAGAGGUGCCUUUCUUUAUAACACACUCGUGGAUUUCAUACGAGAGGAGUAUCACAGGUGUAACUUCACUGAAGUUGUAUCCCCAAACAUCUUCAACAGUAAACUCUGGGAGGCUUCAGGACACUGGCAGCACUACAGUGAAAACAUGUUCUCUUUUGAGAUAGAGAAGGAAACUUUUGCGCUUAAACCAAUGAAUUGUCCUGGGCAUUGCUUGAUGUUUGCCCAUCGUCCACGAUCCUGGAGGGAAAUGCCUCUUAGACUUGCAGAUUUUGGAGUUCUUCACCGAAAUGAACUCUCUGGGACUUUAAGUGGCUUGACUCGUGUAAGGCGCUUCCAACAAGAUGAUGCUCACAUAUUUUGCACAGUGGAACAGAUUGAAGAAGAAAUGAAAGGCUGUCUUGAUUUCUUGAAGUCAGUUUAUGCUGUCUUUGAUUUUACUUUUCAACUACAUCUUUCUACAAGACCAGAAAAUUACCUAGGAGAGUUAGAGAUCUGGGAUCAUGCAGAAAAGCAACUUCAAAACAGCUUGAAUAACUUUGGAGAGCAAUGGAUUUUGAAUCCGGGAGAUGGAGCGUUUUAUGGUCCUAAGAUUGAUAUUAAAAUCAAAGAUGCUAUUGGCAGGUACCAUCAGUGUGCUACUAUCCAACUUGACUUCCAGCUACCCAUUCGAUUUAAUCUUACUUAUGUUGGUAAGGAUGGUGAUGAUAAGAAAAGGCCAGUGAUUAUUCACAGAGCUAUUUUGGGAUCUGUGGAGAGAAUGAUAGCUAUUCUAGCAGAAAAUUAUGGAGGAAAAUGGCCGUUCUGGCUGUCUCCACGGCAGGUCAUGGUUGUGCCUGUGGGACCUACUUCUGAAGAGUAUGCCCGGCAGGUUUGCGGCAAGUUUUUUGAAGCAGGAUUUAUGUCAGAUGUGGAUUUAGAUCAAAGUUGCACAUUAAACAAGAAAAUUAGAAAUGCACAGCUGGCCCAGUAUAACUUUAUCUUAGUGGUUGGAGAAAAGGAGAAAGCAAAUAAUGCUGUCAACGUGCGAACAAGAGACAACAAAGUUCAUGGAGAGAUUUCAGUAUCUUCUGUUAUUGAAAAACUCAGGAAAUUUAAAAGUGCACAUAUUCCAAAUGCAGAAGAAGAAUUCUGAUGUUGCUG